CCAAGGCUUCAUUGAAGAGAAUGUUUCUCCCCGCCCCAAGAGUAAGCAGAGGGGGCGGGGCCUGUCCCGGCGGAUGUGUCAGUAGGAGUCAUUGUGUGUGUACAGAGCUCCGAGGUGACAGCGGGCACAGAGCGGGCAGCAGAGGGUAGAGUUUGCUGGGAAUAGCUGCGCUGAACAAUUCCACAAUGGACCACAAUCAUCAUACAACCACAUCUGAUCCUCAUGCGGGUCACCAUCAUCCAACCACAUCUGAUCCUCAUGCGGGUCACCAUCAUCCAACCACAGCUGGACACGACCAUGGUGGAGGAGAGUCUGGCAUGCAUAUGAUGCGUAUGACCUUUUACUUUGGAUAUGAAAACGUAGAACUUCUCUUCUCUGGAUUGGUGAUUAAUUCAGCAGGAGAAAUGGCUGGAGCUUUUGUGGCAGUAUUUCUGAUGGCCAUAUUGUAUGAGGGGCUUAAGAUUGCUCGGGAGGCCUUGCUCAGAAGGUCACAAGUCAGUAUCCGUUAUAACUCCAUGCCAGUGCCAGGACCCAAUGGGACCACCCUAAUGGAGACUCACAAAACUGUCGGACAGCAGAUGGUAAGCAUGCCUCACAUCUUCCAGACUUUCCUCCACAUCAUCCAGGUGGUGGUCAGCUACUUCCUCAUGUUAAUAUUCAUGACCUACAACGCCUAUCUGUGCAUCGCGGUGGCAGCCGGAGCGGGAACUGGUUACUUCCUCUUUAGCUGGAGGAAGGCUGUGGUGGUCGACAUAACCGAACACUGCCAUUAAUGACUCCUCAAUGGGACAUCUAGUGGCACUUAUUGAUCUUCUUACUCUUCUUCUUAUGAGGAUAAAUCUUUUUGUAACAAACUCCCAUAUUGCCUUUCUUUCCUGCCUUUUUAAGUGACGUAGUUUGAUAUCUGCAAAACUGAGGAUGUGGCCCUGCUCAUUGGUUCAUUCCUAAUCCAGUCACCCAAUUCUUGAUCAGCUGCAGGACAUAUUUUAGGUGGACUUUUGCCAUUAUCGCCUAUAACACCAGAUGCCGGACAAGAACUAUAUCCGGUUUACAGUCCCCACUGUUCAGAGUCUGUUUGCUGGACGAUAUUUAUAGUCAAAUGUAUCUAAAAAUAUGACUUUAGAAUUGGUCGUGUCAA